CUCUCCUCGCUCUCCCCAUCAAACCCCCCAGCCCAAUCCUCCUCCACAAUGGCAAAAAAAGCCAAAUCCCGCACCAUAGCCGUGCGUCUCGUCUCCAUGGCCCUCACCGGCUACUACAAGACCCUAAUGCGCCCGCGUACCCAUCGGCCGUUGAGCAUGCUGAAGUAUGAUCCUGUUGUAAGGAAGAAGGUGUUGUUUCUUGAGCAGAAGCGCGGUGGGAGAUAA